CACUAUAAAGUGCGAAGAAAGAAACAACACAAUGAAAUCAAAAUCAAAAUCUGGGAAGAGAAAACGUGAAGAAACAGAAAGAAUGGAAAGCGAAAAUCCGAAACCCUCAUCAAGCGAUUCCACCGCACUAAUCAACUCAUUCAUCGAAAUCACUUCUUCAACCAAACAAGAAGCGCUUUUCUUUCUCGAAAGUCACAAUUUCGAUCUCGACGCUGCCGUUUCAUCUUUCUUAGACAACGACACCACUCUCCCUCUAAAUGACACUGCUACUCUUCCUCAAAACGAUACCGUUUCACCUUCCGAUUCUCUUUCACCUGAUUUUCAUCCUGAUGAUUCUCCUCCUUCGCAAUCGCCGUCACAGUCUCCAUCGCGUGCUCCGUAUGAGCUUCGAUCUCGAAGGUCGAUUGGUAAGAAAAGCGGUUCUGGUAGUCGCCAAAGUGGGAUUCGGACUUUGCGUGAUGUGAAACGCGAUCAAGAUUCUGAUUCUGAGUCUGAUGAACCUCAGGAGUAUUAUGCUGGUGGUCAGAAGAGCGGUAUGCUUGUCCAAGAUCCUACCAGGGGUGGUAAUUCUGUGGAUGAUAUUUUUGAUCAGGCUAAACAGGUAGCUGUUGAGCCUCCUGCUGAAAACUCUUCAAGGUCUAGGAGUUUUACUGGAACCGCCAGAUUGCUUUCUGGCGAGGCAGUGCCAUCUGCUCCUCAGCCUGUAGAAUCAGUUACACAUGUAGUCACCUUUUGGAGGAAUGGGUUUUCUGUCAAUGACGGUCCUUUACGGAGGUUGGAAGAUCCGCAAAAUGCAGAAUUCCUUGAGAGCAUAAAGAAGUCUGAAUGUCCCAAAGAGCUUGAACCAACUGAUCGCCGAACUUCUGUCCGUCUCAGCCUUACUAGGCGGGAUGAAAACUACCCGGAACCUGUGAAGCCACGCAAUACUGCUUUCCGUGGGGUUGGAAGAACUUUAGGCGACAGCAGUUCAAAUGGUGAAGCUGCUAGUGGACCUAGUCAAACUACUGCUGAUGCUUCCCCACUUACUGCUCCAGCGCCAGCAAUGGGUUUAGUCGUAGAUGACUCGAAGCCAGUGACUUCAAUCCAGCUAAGGUUAUCUGAUGGUACUCGGAUGGUUUCUCGCUUCAAUCACCACCAUGCAAUCAGGGAUAUUCGAGCAUUCAUUGAUGCAUCAAGACCUGGUGGGACAAGAAGUUACCAACUGCAGACAAUGGGUUUUCCUCCCAAACAACUUACUGAUUUGGACCAGACUAUAGAGCAAGCUGGUAUAGCCAAUUCAGUUGUUAUCCAAAAACAAUAGGUCCCCCCAUUUAGUUUUCCAUUCAAAUUGAAAUCACUAUGUUUAUGCCUAAACAUUGAGUGAUCUGCUUUUGUGAAUUUCACGAAAUACUCGUUGGUCUACUCCAUACAGAAUUGCUUUCAUGAAGAAAAAUUAUUUUUAUAUGGUGGUAUUUUUUUUGCGUAAA